GACAUGAACUGCCUAGUCUAGAGCAAAUCACCGUCCAGGACUGAAGUAUAAGUAUAACAGGGCUCUCCCUGACUCGACUGUCUAUCUUCACCUCUCUAACAAGCCUCUUGUCCAUCAAAAGACCCUACUACUGCAUCUACAUCAGGCAGACAGACCCCUGAUCCAACCACCAAGACCCCGAGCACCUUAGCACCUACCUACCUCUACCAUGAAGCUCAUCCUCCUCAUCGCAACCCUCGCGGCCACUGCUCUCGCUGCACCGCGUGCGAGCGGCGACAUGGUUCCUGAGGCGAACAUCGAAGCCCUCGCCGACAACUGCUUCCACCCUUCGCAGUGCUCGGCCGGCUGGGCCGGCAAGUGCGAGUGCUACUGCGGCUCGGUUUUAGGUUUCUCCCACAUGAGCGGUGCCGGAUGCGGCUUUCGACAAAAGAAGUGCUGCUGCAAAAAGAGAUGAGCCGCAAAGCCACCUCUUCCCCUACCUCAGACUGAGGGCGUGCAGGGUCGUCACCAAGCAGCGGGAGGAUGGUAUGUGUGGCAGCCGCCGUACGGGGCCAUCGGAGACUCGGGUUGAGCGAAAGUGUCUGUGGUACAAUCGAGACGGGGAAUCAGAGACUCAGGGAUAAUUUAAGAGAUCCCACUCUUGUACAUUCGUUUAGUUGUGUUCUUAGCAUAGUUUGUCGUUGUUGGUACAUAAAGCUGCAGUAAUAUAUUGUCAAAGACUUAGCCAUACUAUCCAUUUGGGAAGACAUA